AAAGAGCAGACAUCCUCUGCGCCUCCUCACGCAGCUGAGUUUGUGCUUGCAACCAAAAACUUACAACUCAACGCACACCAGCUCGUCCACCUCGUGCCCUAAUCCCAUCCAGCCAUACAUUAGCAGCCAGUCCUAGCGUUUCCGUCUUCGGCUCUGUUCGCCAACCUCUCAAGGUCACACGGGUCACAUCGAUCUCCUCUGUGUCCCCGGCGCACAAGAAAGUUAUUCCUUUGGAGCAUUCGCGGUGCAGUCCAGUACUUUCAGUUGGGUGACCGUGCAAGCAAGCGCUGCUCCAUGGAGUUGGAGGAGACGUCGCGGCGGCCGCUGAUGCUGAAGGAGUGGCUAGAGCUGGAGUCCAGCGCAGAGCUUUCCCGCGACGGCUUCGGUUGCUAUCCGCGGCAGCUCGCCGCCGAGCUCCGGAGCGCCAGCGGCAGGCGGAGGAACGGCUACGUUAUUGCCAAGGUGUCGGCCGUGGUGAGGGCCGCGUUGUUCCGGGCGCCGGUGCAAGAGGGGGAGGCGGCCGCGCUCUCCAGGAGCCUCUCGAGGAGGCUGCGAGUCGGUUUCUGGAAGAAGCGGAAGGGAGAUGCGGAGGAUAUGGACAUGCGAGUGGCCAGCUGCUCUGCGACUGCCUCGAGUCCAAGGAGGGGUUGCUCGUCGCCGGUAAUGUCUCCGAGGCGGGUGAGUUGGGAGGGUCAUCUGGCGGGUGGCGACGGUGCAGAUCUCGGCGGUCGUCGAAGCCACGAAACAGAGGUUGCGGGGCGCGAGUGCGAAACAACGUGUGGCUUGGACGAGGAGCGGGAGCAGGAGCCGCGGCUGAGCCCUGUGUCGGUGAUGGAUUACGACGACGGCGGCGGCAACGGCCACAGUGAGGACGACGAGAUUACGUCGCCGUUCGAGCGAAGCCUAGGCAACGUCCGAAGAGCAAGUCAGCAACUGCUGCAGAAAAUCCGGCAAUUCGAACAGCUGGCCGAGCUGGACACAUCCGAUGUGGACAACGCCACUUCAACCGCGGAGGACACAAGCUACGGCGUCGAGGAACUGGACUCGGCGGAAGAUGACAAAGACGCUGAAGGUGGGUCCAUGCAGGACCUUGUAAGCCUCCCAGGCGCGAGCUCGUCAUGUGGCGCCCCCUGCUUCAAGAAGCUUCUAGAAGAUUUCUUCCGCGAGGGGUUGUUGUCGUUCCACGGUGAAAGAUCAGACGAUCCAGACGUACAGAAGUCGUUGCUAGAGAUCGCUAAGGCGUGGUUGGAUGGGCGACCCUGCGGGCUAAGAUCAGAUGGAAAGGCGGGGGUGGAGGAGAUUGAGCCGCUUGGACAGUGGAGACGCUUCAUAGGGGACGAGCAAGAGCUAUUGGCCUUUGAUGUGGAGGGUGAUAUAUUCUGGUCUUUGAUGGAAGAGUCGGUUGAUGAUAUGUGCCAACUGCUGGAGGAUCUUAGGUAGUGCUUGAUUAGUAAUUUGGUUGUACAAAAUUAAAUGGGAUGUGAUAGUUUUGGAUGGAUAGGAUAAUUCUAGAUAAGAUGGUACAAGUAGCAUAUUUGAUUCAAUAUAUGAAAUGUUACAUGAGA